AAGAUUUUUUUUAGACGUAUGGAAUUAGCUAAGCAUUUUAUUCGAACAAAUAUAGAACCGGAAUGGAUGGUUUUAUGUCUCUUACCGGUUCUGCCUCCCGAGUUAAGACCCAUCAUUCAGAUAGAAGGGGGUAAACUGAUGAGUUCAGAUAUUAAUGAACUCUAUAGAAGAGUUAUCUAUCGGAACAAUACUCUUACUGAUCUAUUAACAACAAGUAGAUCUACACCAGGGGAAUUAGUAAUGUGUCAGGAAAAAUUGGUACAAGAAGCCGUGGAUACACUUCUUGAUAAUGGAAUCCGUGGACAACCCAUGAGGGAUGGUCAUAAUAAGGUUUACAAGUCAUUUUCAGAUGUAAUUGAAGGAAAAGAGGGAAGAUUUCGCGAGACUCUGCUUGGCAAACGGGUCGAUUAUUCGGGGCGUUCGGUGAUUGUCGUUGGACCCUCACUUUCAUUACAUCGCUGUGGAUUGCCUCGCGAAAUAGCAAUAGAGCUCUUCCAGACAUUUGUAAUUCGUGGUCUAAUUAGACAACAUCUGGCUUCGAACAUAGGAGUUGCUAAGAGUCAAAUUCGUGAAAAAAAGCCCAUUGUCUGGGAAAUCCUUCAAGAAGUUAUGCAGGGGCAUCCCGUAUUACUGAAUAGAGCACCUACUCUACAUAGAUUAGGCAUACAGUCAUUCCAACCCAUUUUAGUGGAAGGACGCACUAUUUGUUUACAUCCAUUAGUUUGUAAGGGGUUCAAUGCAGACUUUGAUGGGGAUCAAAUGGCUGUUCAUGUGCCUUUAUCUUUAGAAGCUCAAGCAGAGGCUCGUUUACUUAUGUUUUCUCAUAUGAAUCUCUUAUCUCCAGCUAUUGGAGAUCCCAUUUCUGUACCGACUCAAGAUAUGCUGAUUGGACUCUAUGUAUUAACGAGCGGCACUCGUCGAGGUAUUUGUGCAAACAGAUAUAAUCCAUGUAAUCGAAAAAACUAUCAAAAUGAAAGAAUUUACGAAACAAACUAUAAGUAUAUGAAAGAACCUUUUUUUUUGCAAUUCCUAUGAUGCAAUUGGAGCUUAUCGGCAGAAAAGAAUCAAUUUAGAUAGUCCUUUGUGGCUUCGGUGGCAAUUAGAUCAACGCGUUAUUGCUUCAAAAGAGGUUCCUAUCGAAGUUCACUAUGAAUCUUUUGGUAACUAUCAUGAGAUUUAU